CGCGUGAUUAAACAAUGCCACCGACCUUUGAACGCAUGGAGUUCUUGUACAAUAUGGCGCAGGCAAACGGCUGGUUGGCCCCGUAAUAAAUGAUUCAUACAGUGUAUUCGGUGCUCACUGCAGUACAGUGUAGGCCUUGCGGUUUUACAAAAGGCCUUGCCCAUAAUAACAGCUGCACAAUAGACCGACUUCAUUCAUAUUAUUCCAACCGUGCAGAACGAGAACCGGGAACCCAGAUGAGCAGCCAUCGAACCUUCACCUGACUCUCCAUGUCGCCCUGAACACAGCCUCCGCAUUGCUCUCUCUAUGUACAUGUGGGAGAUAGUACCGGAACACAGAUGCAGCAUCUUGCGUGGCGUAAAGUUGAAGAUGUGGCUAGAGUUAAAGUGAGCGAUGCGACGAUUCUCCCGUCUGCGGGCACUGAUAGCCUUGGUAUUGGCCGCGGUGUGUGUGGUUGAACUGCUGCUAGUUGCCUUUGCCGGAUCCAAGGAAACUAACAAGGAUCUUCUUCAAGAGGAAACUCUGGUUGGAGCAGGAUCCAGGAGCAAAACCUUGAAGCCUCAACAUGGGACCACGCAUGCGCCAACCAACAAUCAGACAGAAUCGGAGGGAGGCGCACGAUCCAACGACACAUCUAGCUACAAUCUGGAAGAGGUUAUUGCCAAUUUGUCUAAGCCUUGGGCGGUAAACGAGACACGCAAAGCCGGUAUUAGACGUAAGUUCAACAGCGUUUUGAAUGCCACGGAAUUCACCGUCCUAACAAAGAAUUUCGCGGUUCUCGGGCAAAAUUUAACCUUUGCCAUAAACCCAAGUGUAGUCCAUAACCUGACGGAUGAAGUAUAUCGAAUGCUUCCAGAGCAAUCACCAUUCACAACUUCGAAAUUGAAACGAUGUAGUGUUGUUGGGAACGGUGGUAUUCUUGCAAGUAGUUACUGUGGGAAGGAGAUUGACAGUUCUGACUUCGUAUUCAGAUGCAACACACCUCCGUUGAAGGGAUAUCAAAAGCAUGCAGGGACUAAGUCCAACUUGACUUCCAUUAAUCCAGGCGGUGUCAUCGACAUCAAAUACAGACGGUUACGAGACAUAGGGUAUAGGAACCGAUUCCUGAGAGAUAUGAAGGCCUACGGAGAUCUUCUCAUACCAGUCUAUGGCGUCAACAUGAACGCAUAUAGGACGAGCAUGCUGGCCCUGCGGCUGCUCCGCCAGAAAGACUCCACCACACGGGGACUCAUCAUCAAUCCGGACCACUUCAGAGGUCUUCAAGACAUGUGGAGGGAGAUGGGCCUUCAAAGUCGAAUGACAACAGGUUUUUACCUCGCGUCGGUGGCACUGUCUGUUUGCGAUUCCACCGAUCUCUACGGCUUUUGGCCGUUUGCCAAAGGCCCCAAUCACCGUCCAGUAACCUACCAUUACUACGACAGGCUCAAAAUCUCCAAAGGUGUCCACAACUUUAACUGGGAAUUUGACGUUCUGUACCGUUUGCAUAUGAGCGGUGUACUAAAGAUGCACGCCGGACCGUGCACAUAACAACCACAGACUUGAA